GUUGGUAUUUAUCUACCCUAGAGAAGUCGCUACUUAUGUGAUGACAGCCAAUUUUUCCUGAGACUUCCUUGUUAACCAUGAGCGAAUCAGGUUAUACCUUGGUAUUUGUGGCUGUAACGUUUCUGGGUGCGGAGGCAACCUCACCGCCUCAACCCUUGACUGUCCCAGCUCGUCCUGAGGAUGUGACUCUCCAAAAGUCAUCUCUCUUUUAUUUGUGGAAUCAACAACAACACUUUGAAGACACUUUCCCUGUGCAGAGGGAUACACGAGCCAUAGGAAGUUUGCUCAGUCCUGCUCACCACUACAUAGGUAAUCUAGUUCCCCAGGACUCCGUCCAUCCGCUCUACUCAGAUAGUUACGCUAGACUACGAGCUGAAUUACUCCUGGACCACAUGCUCCAAGACACCGUAUAUCCCGACGACGAAAGGAUGAGCUCAAGCAAUGGCCUGGAAGUUUACACCCUCAACUAUAACCCCGUUGUUUUCAGAAAGAACAACCAAGGGGACAUCAUGGUUAAUGACACCCUUGUCCAGAACGUCGAAACACUGCCUGGCGGGAUAGUAAGCUACACGUUGGAUGGUGUCCUAUCCAAUUACCAACAAAGAGUGCAUGAGGCUUUCGUGGAACUUUCGAAAGUUUCACCUCCACUCUGGCCCUUCGCCCAAGAGGAAAAGCGCGUAAGAACGCCAUAACGUCCAGCAAAAUGUGAUGAUAGAACCCGAUGUUACUGUGGU